AUGGCCACACUCCUACGGCGCCCUGGCGGCCUCGCUCAGUACUCCAGAAGAGCUGCUGGAUACACGGCCUUUUCGCGCACACCAUUUUCCGCCUCCCUCCCUCAAUCUAGACUCUCAGCUUUUAUUGUCGCAAACCGCUCACGGCUAUACGCAACCAGCAGCACGGGCGGCUCGGAACCUCCCAAGGAUAAAAAGAACGGAGAAAAUGAUAUUGGGAAGCAUGCGGAGCGCCCUUCACACGGUCAAUCCGGUGAAAGCGAGGGAAGCGAACCGAAAUAUGCUCUCAAUGCGGAACAGCGAGAAGAGUUCGAUAAAAUUGUCGACCAACUCAAAGUGAGCCUACCUAAGUCACAGGCGAAGCUUAUUGAGACGGCUGCGGAAGUCAUCAAGCGCGAGGGUCUGCCAGAAGAAGUCAAGAAUGCUCUGGAGGAAGUGAGGGAAUCGAAACACAUCAGCCUAUCAAACGCUGCUAAGCUUGUGCGAGUUCUAAAUAAGCACUCUGUGAAGUUAGCUUCUAGUGUGAAUGAGGAGUACUCCAAAAACUCACCGGAGGCGCAAAGAAAAGAAAAUGAAGCUUCCAAAGAGGAGAAACCAAAGGACGAGUCCAAAGAAGGCCCCAAACAGGAAUCCAAGGAGGAGUCAUCGAAUAAGUCUGAACAGCAACGGCAACGCAAGGAUGACAAGGAUCAGCCAAAGGGCCCUCAGUUUAAGAUAAUGGACUUCAAGUUUGAUGCCGGAAAUUUCUUGGUUGCUGCUUUCAUUUCUUAUUACGUCUACCGAAGUGUUUUCCCUGGCGAGUCAUCGCGAGAUAUUACAUGGCAGGAGUUUAGGAAUACCUUUUUCGACAAAGGCUUGGUCGAGAAACUCACUGUUGUCAACCGCAGCAAAGUAAGAGUUGAGCUGGACCGAGAUGCUGUUGCUAAGUUAUACCCCGAGUCGCCAGCCACCAACCUCAACUUCCACUACUACUUCACAAUAGGCUCUGUUGAAGCCUUUGAGAGACGCCUGGAUGAUGCCCACCGAGAAUUGAACAUUCCUAGCUCAGAACGGAUUCCAGUCGCAUAUGCCGAUGAAGUUCCAUGGCUAGCCACCUUGUUGUCCUUCGGUCCUACCCUACUACUUAUCGGUUCGUUCUUUUGGCUAUCAAGAAGGGCUGGUGGUGCCGGAGGUGGUGGCCAGAGCGGAAUAUUCGGCAUCGGAAAGAGCCGUGCUAGGAAAUUCAACCAUGAGACUGAUGUAAAGACAAAAUUCGCAGAUGUCGCUGGUAUGGAUGAGGCUAAGGUAGAAAUCAUGGAGUUCGUCAGCUUCCUCAAGAAGCCAGAGCAGUUCCAGAGGCUAGGCGCAAAAAUACCUCGAGGAGCUAUCCUUUCUGGUCCGCCCGGUACCGGUAAAACUCUACUAGCAAAGGCAACUGCCGGCGAGUCUGCAGUUCCUUUCUACAGUGUCAGCGGCUCUGAAUUCGUAGAGAUGUUUGUUGGUGUUGGUCCAUCCCGUGUCCGUGACCUGUUCGCUACCGCCCGCAAAAAUACCCCUUGUAUCAUCUUUAUCGACGAAAUUGAUGCCAUCGGAAAGUCAAGAUCGAAAUCCAACUUUGGUGGCGGAAAUGAUGAACGUGAAAGCACUCUAAAUCAGAUUCUCACCGAAAUGGACGGAUUCAACACUUCAGAGCAAGUUGUCGUUCUAGCUGGCACAAACAGACCAGAUGUCUUGGACAAAGCAUUGAUGCGCCCUGGACGAUUCGACCGACACAUUGCAAUCGAUAAGCCCACAAUGGAUGGGCGAAAACAAAUUUUCGGCGUCCACUUGAAGAAGAUUGUCACAAAGGAGGAUAUCGAAUACCUAAAAGGUCGAUUGGCCGCUUUAACUCCAGGAUUUUCUGGUGCUGAUAUUGCAAAUUGUGUCAACGAAGCUGCAUUAGUUGCUGCCCGUAUGCACGCGGAUCAUGUCGUUAUGUCACAUUUCGAGCAUGCUAUUGAGAGGGUUGUUGGUGGCUUGGAGAAAAAGUCACUUGGGCUAUCGCCGGAAGAAAAGCGUACUGUUGCUUAUCAUGAAGCUGGCCACGCCAUCUGUGGCUGGUACUUCAAAUACGCAGACCCGCUCCUGAAGGUUUCAAUUAUUGCUCGCGGUCAGGGCGCCCUAGGCUAUGCCCAAUACCUCCCAGCACAAGGCGAUACUUAUCUGAUGAAUGUCCAUCAACUUAUGGACCGUAUGGCCAUGACGCUUGGCGGACGUGUUAGUGAAGAGCUACACUUCGACACCGUGACGAGUGGAGCUAGUGAUGACUUCAACAAGGUUACUCGCUUAGCUACUGCCAUGGUUACCAAGUUUGGAAUGUCCCCCAAAAUCGGAACGAUAUAUUUUGAAGAGGACCAGCAACAGCUCCACAAGCCUUUCUCUGAGGAGACUGCCCGGAAUAUUGACAUGGAGGUUCGACGUCUUGUUGACGAAGCCUACAAGCAAUGUCGUGAUCUCUUGACUGAGAAGAAGGCCGAAGUUGGCAUAGUCGCUGAAGAGCUUCUCUCCAAAGAAGUCCUUAGCCGCGAUGAUAUGAUUCGAUUGCUUGGCAAGAGACCCUAUCCUGAAUCUGGAGAGUUUGCUAAGUACUUUGAUGGAACUGGCGGGAAGAUACAACCCCCGCCACCAGCAGAGGCUCCAGCUGAUACCUCUGAAGUCGGUCAUGCAGAAGCCAAGGGUAACAACCCGCCAUCACCCUCUACUUAA